GUAAGUACAUCAUAGCCUGCAAGCUGUUUUCAGCGUUGUACCACGACAACAUUAGGUAUUAUGUUUACGUAAAAGCGGAAAUUGUGUCCACUGCGCCCAUUUAAUAGACAGUAGAUUGGCGGAAAUAGUUCCCAUUUAACUAUUGCAAAUUCCAUAAAAGUAGAGCAACAGAAUGAUGUCAACGAGUACAUUCCGUAUCACUCUACAGAACAACUUGCAACGUCUUGUGCCAUCAUCAUCCACCUCAUCCGCUAUUUUAUUUAACAGGACAAUGAGCAACACCACCCUUAUAAAUGCAGAUACUCCAAUUAUCUCUUUGGAUGAAGUUAAAAGAUUUAUAGUUGACUGUAUGAAAGCCGUUGGUACACCAGAAAAUCAUGCCUCUGAGUUAGCAGAAUUAUUGGCGGAUGCUGAUUACAGGGGACAUUAUAGUCAUGGGAUGAAUAGACUGGACAUCUACAUGAACGACAUCAAAUCAGGAGUAUGUGAUCCUAAUGCAGUCCCAACAAUUCUAAAGGAAAACGAUUGCACUGCCUGGGUUGACGGCUGUAAUGGCAUUGGUGCAGUAGUAAGCAAUUUCUGCAUGAAACUGGCGAUUAAGAAAGCCAAACAGUCUGGAAUAGGGUGGGUGACUUGUAAAGGUUCCAACCAUUUUGGAAUAGCGGGCCACUACACCAUGCAAGCUCAGAGAGAAGGGUUACUAGGAUUUGCCUGUACUAAUACUUCCCCAUUUAUGGCACCAACAAGAGCUAAACAGCCCGCCUUAGGAACAAAUCCCAUCAGCUUAGCAGUUCCUUCUUCCGGCAAAGAAGGAAUGGUCCUAGACAUGGCCACAACUGCCGUUGCAGUGGGAAAGAUAGAAAUACAAAGGAGAAAAGAAGCACCACUCCCGUUAGGUUGGGCAAUGGACGAGAAUGGACAAGAAACAUCUGAUCCAAACAAAGCUCGCUUUCUGUAUCCUUUGGGAGGAACGGAAAUGAAUUCAGGAUACAAGGGAUACGGCCUAGGAAUACUAGUUGAAGUGUUUUGUGGAAUACUUGGUGGUGGCCAAUUUGCAACAAACAUUAGAAAAUGGGGAGACACUACUAAAACAGCUAAUUUAGGUCAUUCGUUUUUUGCCUUAAAUCCUAAUUGCUUUGCUUCUGACUUUGAAAGCCGUAUGCAAAAUCUAUCGGAUAUUUUAAGAAACUGUCAACGAGUUAAUCCUAACGAACCAGUAUUAAUUCCGGGCGAUCCUGAAAUCAUGCACAUGGCAGCUGUUGACAAGGCUGGAGGGGUGCGUUAUUUGCAAAAUCAAAUGGAAAGUUGUAAGACCCUUGCGGCUACAUACAAUGUUACGCCAUUGAAACCAAAAGAUUAGUCAUUACAUUAAAAUUUGUUACCUGUUAUUUGUUAUUUAUAUUAUUUGUUAAUAUAUAAUUAUCAAUAGAACAUGCA